GUGUUGUUGUUUGUGUUUAUCUUCAGUCACAGAUGGUAGCACACAUGUAAAGAGAGAGUACUGUAGUUUUUAACGCUCGUUGUGGUGAGCUGUCAGCCCGUAGUUCGGGUUUAUUUAUGUGUAGCAGAUAAACGUAAAGUGUAAACAUUAGUGGGUUUCUUUGUCACGGACUUCCGCACUACAAAGGUUCCGACGGUGGUUCCGACGGUGGUUCCGGUGCGCCCCAUCUUUGCAGCUCUCAUUAGUUACUGUCUGCUGGGGUUGCUGAGAUAUACGCUGUCCCGAUCCUUUCAUGUGCUUUAAAAGUGUCUUUGUGGUUUGUCAGCGUUAGAGAUGGACAACAGUCAGCAGUCCAAAGAGAGUCCGGACCGGUCCGACCUGGUUUCUGACGAAGGCAAGAACAGCAAGUCUGUGGUGUGUCAGCGCUGCGGAUCCAAGCUGUUCCUACCGUCCAUGCGGAAAAAGAGCGGCCUCAACUCCACGGAGGGCUCAGUGGACGGCGACACUCUGACCGCCCACUGGUUUGUGGACGACAUGUACACUUUUGAGAAUGUGGGCUUCACUAACGACGUGGGGAGAAUCAAGUAUCUCAUCUGUGCAGAUUGUGAGAUUGGACCAAUCGGCUGGCACUGUUUGGAUGACAAGAAGAGUUUCUACGUGGCUGUGGAAAGGGUGAAUCAUGCGUAGUCUAAAUGCAUAUGUGAGCCCACAAGAACUGAAAAAAAAAAAUGUGUUGGCAGGCUAUGCAUCUUUUCAUGGAUUUACACCCAGUUGAGCUCAACUUAACCCAACACACACGCACACACAUAUACUGUUACGUGUACAUCAUGUCACUUUCAGUCUCCUCUCACAGUGACAACAGUAUGACCAUCCUGUUCUAAUAAAGGUGUUUUUGGGGGAUGUUGAACGCCAUCCUGCAGCUGUUUCCUUAAUAAUCUGAUCUCUGUGUCCUGUAACUCACAAAAAUGACUCUUUAAAGUCAGUUAUUAAGUAAAAAUACGAAGCAUUCACUAAUUCCAGCUGCAGAAAUAUCAGUAAAAGUUAAAUUUUUACCUUUUUUUUCGUUGUACUUUGAAUACUUUUGGGUUUUAGAGCUUUGGUCAGACAGAAGCAGACAUUGAAGAACCUGUGAUGGGCAUUUUUCACACGUUUUUUGACAUUUUAUAAGGUAAUCAAUUCACCAAAAACAUUUUUGAUAGGUGAUUAAAUACGGUAAAUAAUAAUUUGUUGCAACCCUAAAAAGAUUAUUCACUUUUGAGAAACCUCAGGUCCCAAUUUCUGUGUUUACACCCUAAAGAUAAAGGGAGUUUACACAAAGCCUGUAGGGUUUGACGUUUGUGUGAAUCAGCUCUUUAAAAGCACACGUUCAUUGUUUUAAGCUGUAGGUCUACUGUUUGCCACUAGAUGUCGUCAUUUUAGUAUUUGAUACAUUUAUUUUGUGGCCUAUUUUAUGUUUUAAUUGUUAUUUUGUAUGCACUGUGGCCCUUCAACUAAAGGCUCUACCCCCA